UCCAUAGAAACAGUAGUUGAUGAGAAUUAUUAGAUCCACAUUUAUGAGUAGAGUUGUCUGCUGUUAUCCUGUUUUUGCUUAGUGUUUUUGAAUUAUUAUUAUUAAUUUUGUGAAACAGUCCACCAUGAAUUCCACCAGCUUGUUCUUAUACUAUCAGCGAAGUUCUUGCUUGUAUUCAAUCGCCCGUCACUAUGCUGUUAAAGCGUCUAACCCAGCAAUUGCUGGACUUGGUAAAAAAUCCAAAGACAAAGGAGGCGCGUCCAAAAAAAUUAAACUAGAAGUUGAAAAGGACCCUAAAAAGUUAGUGAAGUACCUAUGUGGCUCAAAUCUCAUGCAGACUGGUGAAGACAUUGAACUUAAACCAGACAGCGAAUACCCCGAAUGGUUGUGGAAUGUUUACACAGGGCCAGCAAAGAAGCUGGAGGACUUAGAGCCGGGCACCAAAGAAUAUUUAGAAAAAUUGAAAAGCAUCAACAUUAAAAAGAGCUUAAAACUUAAGGCAAUGAGCCCUAUUAAACCGCAGUAAAAAUAUCUUCAAAUAGGAAUAUUAAUGUAUACUAUUUGUUAUAUUCUUACAUUGUUUGUGAAGA